UAUAAUAUUUUUUAUUCAUCAUCAUUUAAAUACAUAGACUGAAAACGAUGUUUCUAUUGGCAAUUUAUCUAUUUUUAUUGUUUAAUUGUGUAAUUUGUAAUUCGGAAAAUUCACCAAGAAUCGUUAUUGUUGGAGCUGGUGCCUCUGGUAUAGCUGCGGCUUCCAAAUUAUAUGAAAACGGAUUUGAAAAUAUUUUAAUUUUAGAAGCUCAAGAUAGAAUUGGCGGACGUAUUCACACUAUUCAAUUUGGUGAAUAUUUAAUAGAUCUCGGAGCUCAAUGGGUACAUGGACAAAUAAAUAAUGUAGCGUACGAACUUGCUGCACCUCUUGGUUUAUUGGAAAAUACUACUUGGAAAUUAGCACUUUAUAAUUCUGCAGGCACAAAGAUAGACGAAACGAUUUUUAAAGAUACCAUUAAUGUUUUUGAAAAUGCUUUAUAUAAUAUAAGCAUAUCUGAUAUUGAUAUUUCUGUAGGCGAACAUUACGAACAAAAAUUUGCCGAAUAUUUCAAUGAUCACCCUGAAAUAAAUACUACUCUUCAAAAAGAUUUAUUAAGAUUCUUCAAUUUAAUAGAAUGUUUAUUAUCUGCAUCGGAUACAUGGUACGAGCCGUCUAUCAAAGCAGAAUUAGAAUAUGAAAUAAGUAAGGGAAAUCCUUCUAUUAAUUGGAAGAAACGAGGAUAUAGUACUAUUUUAGAUAUUUUAAUGAAAAAAAUUCCAGAUGCAACUAAAGAAUUGCCAAUUUUGAACAAUACACUUUUGAACUCGGAAGUAAUUAAUAUCGAUUAUACAAAGAAUAAUGAUUCCAUAAAAAUUCGAACCCUUAACAGUCAAGAAUAUUUAGCAGAUCAUGUUAUAGUGACCCCAUCUUUGGGUGUUUUGAAGGCAAAUUACAAAUCUUUGUUUAAUCCCCCUUUAUCAGAAUCAAAAAUUACAACUAUCGAGGGUCUGGCUUUUGGUACUGUAUGUAAAAUAUUUUUUCAAUUUGAUGAACCAUGGUGGGAAUAUAAUUUAAACUGGGGAUUCAAUUUUUUGUUUAAUGAAAGCUACAGAAAUGAGUUAGAAAACGAUCCUGAUAAGAAAUGGAUUACAAGUACAAUAUCACUUAAUAGUGUUGAACACAAACCUCAUUUAUUACUUGCUUGGAUAACAGCAAAGGGAUGUCGUCUUUUGGAAACACUUCCUGAUGAUAAAGUUCUUGAACAUUCCAUGGAUAUGUUACACACUUUUAUGGGAAAAGAUUACAAUAUUACAAAACCUAAUGCAAUGAUAAGGAGUAAGUGGACACAGAAUAAACAUUUUCGUGGGACGUAUAGUUUUCAUACUGUUGAAUCUGAAAAAGUACAUGCAUCAGCAGAACAGCUCUCAGAACCUAUAAUAAAAAAUCAACUUCCCAUAAUUUUAUUUGCCGGAGAAGCUACAAAUAAACGUUUUUAUUCAACUGUACACGGUGCAAUUGCAUCAGGAUGGAGGGAAGCAGAUAGACUUAUAAAGCUUUAUGCAAAAGCUUUAUAAAUAAAUUACUACAUAAAUAUACUAUUUGAUAUGAAAUAAAUUGUAUAUAUAAAACUAAACCAAAACUUAAUGAUAUUUACGCAGUGUAUGCUGUAUAUAUGCGUAUUAUUAUGAACACGAUUAAUUUACAUAAAAAAUUAAAAUUGAUUAACAUGAUAACGUAAAAAAGUUUGUGCCUGAUUUAAUCCAGUUUCAUAUGCUCCAUGUGUAGUAGAAUAAAAAUUGUCAUGCGUUCCUUCACCAGCAAACAUUAUUACUGGUACAAUCUAUGAUCAAAAAAAGUAUAUUUUAUAAUAUUAUAUAUUGUUAUACAGUUAUUGAUCAAAAUAAUUAAACAUUUAUUAUUUACCUUA